GAGGACAUGGCGGCUAGUAAAAAGAGUGUGCUGUCCUCCUUAGCUGUGUACGUUGGGGAUUCAGAACCUGAGGAAGAGAACGAAGGGGAGCCUGAGGAUGACGACGACGAUGAUGAUGAUAAAGCAGGCUUGGUCUCGAAAGCCUAUGGACAGGAUGACGUCUCCCGGGUGGAGGAGGAUGAGUCUCUUAAAGAGGAUGAGGAGAACAGUCAGCACUCGGGAGAGGAAGACUCAGAGACUGAAAAUCAGGAGACUGAUGACACCAAGGAGCAGUCAGAGCUGGAGAAGAGAGACCCCCAAGAGCUAGUCGCAUCCUUCUCUGAGAGGGUCCGGAACAUGUUGCCAGAUGAAAUAAAAAUCCCCCCAGAACCCCCAGGUCGCUGCUCCAACCACCUGCAGGAAAAAAUUCAGAAGCUGUAUGAGCGGAAGCUGAAAGAGGGAACAGAUAUGAACCACAUCAUUCAGAAGAAAAAGGAGUUCAGGAAUCCCAGUAUCUAUGAGAAGCUCAUCCAGUUCUGCUCUAUUGAUGAACUUGGCACAAAUUACCCCAAGGACAUGUUUGACCCCCACGGCUGGUCUGAAGAUUCUUACUAUGAAUCUCUCGCAAAAGCCCAAAAGAUCGAAAUGGAUAAACUCGAAAAAGCAAAAAAAGAAAGAACUAAGAUAGAGUUUGUUACUGGUACUAAAAAGGGAACAACAACCAGUGCACCAACUAGCACCAUUAGUACCACAACCAAUUCUACCUCAGAUGCACAGAAACGGAAAAGCAAGUGGGACUCUGCUAUUCCCACCACUGCCAUCCCCCAGCCAGCCAUCCUGACCACCACGACCACACUGCCCUCCGUAGUCACAGUAACCACCAGUGCCAGUGGCUCCAAAACUACUGUCAUCUCUGCUGUAGGAACUAUAGUGAAGAAGGCAAAACAGUGAGGGGAGGGUUGUUAAAUGGACUGGACUUGAUGCAGGAAGAGGUGCUGUCAUUGCUACAACGUGUCUUCUGCCAGCCCUGGAAAUCUGCUGUGUUUUCAUUUAUAUCAGGAUUAUUUUGGGCAUCUACCACUGCCUGAAAAUUGUCAUAGCUGUAAUAUAACUGGACUUUAAUGACAAUUGUUCUUGGACUCUCCAGCACUUGGGGAGAGGGUAUUUUAUAAGGGGUUUAUUUGAACAUUCGUUCAACCCAAAAAAAUAAGUGUUUUCUUUUUUAAUCUGUUAAUUAAAUUUUUUUUUCUUUUU